UUUCCUAAUGUCCAGUGACAAUUCUGUCUUUGCCCCAGAACAUACGAAAAUAUACCAAGACAUGACACAACCAUUGAGCCAUUAUUUCAUCGAUUCAUCACAUAACACGUAUCUUCUUGGACAUCAAUUAACCGGGGAAUCUUCAAUCGAAGGUUACAUACGUGCUUUGCAACGGGGCUGUCGUUGCGUGGAAAUUGAUUGCUGGGAUGGACCAGAUGGUGAUCCUGUGGUUACGCACGGGCACACUUGGACAUCGAAAAUUCUUUUUCGGGAUGUCAUAUCGGCCAUUCGCACCUAUGCGUUUAAAGCCAGCCCUUACCCACUGAUACUAUCGCUGGAAGUUCAUUGCAGCAUAGAACAACAAGAUAAUAUGUCCACGAUUUUGCGCAUUCAACUAGGCGACUAUCUUGUUACCAGUUUUUUAUCGGAACAUGAGAUGGCAUUACCUAGUCCAACAGAAUUAAUGUACAAGAUUUUGUUGAAGUUCAAAGGGUUCAAAUACUAUCGUGGUAACUACAUAACGGACGAAAACUCAUCACAUUACCACAUGUCUUCAUUUACCGAGAGGGCCUCGUCGCGACUCCUUAAAUCAGAAAAAAAGGAUUUUAUCCUUCACAACACUCGUCACUUGUCUCGUGUGUAUCCAUCCGGAUUCCGAAUAAAUUCUUCAAAUUUCGAGCCUCAUCAUCAAUGGGCUGUCGGAAACCAGCUAGUAGCUUUGAAUUGGCAGACCUUUGAUCUUGGCAUGCAAAUCGACCAAGCCAUGUUUGCUGUGAACGGCAGAUGCGGUUACGUACUCAAGUCGGAGAGUUUGCGUAAUCCUGAAAUGAUCGUUCGAUCCACGGAGCUACGGCGAUCUCCGCGAAAUUUGAACAUCGAAAUCAUUUCCGCCCAACAGCUUCCCAGACCAAAAGACGCAGUCAAGGGUGAAGUCAUUGAUCCAUUCGUUGAAGUGGAACUAUUGGUCCCAGGAGUUGACGCCGUAAAAAAAAGAACGAGUACAAUCACCGACAACGGGUUUAAUCCAACGUGGAAGGAGACUCUGAGAUUUUCGAUUGACUUUGAAGAGACAAGCUUGUCUUACAUAAUUGACGCAAUUAACCUACCAACUAGAUUCAUCGUGUGGGAUGAAGAUGCUAGAAGUACAGAUUUUAUCGCCUCAUAUUGUAUCUCCGUGGCUAGUUUACAACUUGGUUAUCGCCAUGUUCCACUCAACGAUUUUAAUGGUGAACAAUACCUCUUUACAACUUUGUAUAUCCGCUCUUCAAUUGAUGAUGAGAAUGGAGCUAAAAUCAAUUAA